ACCUGAGGCCGCCAGGGGAGACACCGGAUUUCAAGGAAUACACCCAGACAGAAAUAAUGAUGGAAAAUAAAGGGAUAAAAGAGAUGUCGAAGAAACUGAAUGUAAGCUUUACAACGUGGACCACGAGUGCUUUGAGACACCCGGCUCUAAUAUCAGCAUCCUCAGUUACAGGACAUCGGUAGCCGACUGCCCGGCUUGCUAGCCCGCAGUCCUUCACUAAAAUCUCCGCUCCACAUUCACGGAUCUCUGAUUAUAUGUAAUAGCAUAACAAAAGCCAGCCUGUGUCAAACGGAACAGACCGGAUGGAAUAACACCCGUCUGCUUAAAUUCUAGUGAAGGAAUGACCUGCUAGUCCUCUACUGCAAAUCUGACCGCUAGGAUCAAGCUAGCAUCCUCUGGAGUUGGAUGGACUCGCGGCUCUCACUCAAACACCCACAGCAUCCCUGCCCGGGACGCGUUGGAGCCUGUACGGCUGCCGCACAGGAAUGCUAACUAAUAAGGAAGUGGCUUUAAAAUGAUGAGGGACGCUGUCUGUCAUCCACUUCUGGCUUUUAGGUGCUACAAGGACAGCUUUUAGAUGCCAAAUGUGAUGACCGUCCUGAGCUUGCACCAUGUAUGUGGCUGGCCGUGUCUGUCUCCAGCCCUGCGGAUGACACUCACACAGACACCGGCGGUUAAGAGCGAACAGCGGCGGCGCGGACACACCGUCACCGGGUAGUGCUGAGAGACUUUACGUGAGCCUGUUAGCGCCAAGCUAGGAGGCUAAUCGCACAAUAUUGGAAGAGACCCAAACAAAUACCAACACCAAUGGUAUCCCAUAAGGUUUUAGUCGCAAUAAUAUUACUAAAUGUGUAUAUAGGUGUACAGUCUGUUUUUUACUUAUUCGGCGGCGUCCUUUUAACGGUCCUGUUUGCUAUGGCAUUUUUAAAUGGACCCAGGCUGCUGGACUGGGCGAAUUCACCUCCACAUCUUCAGUUUAAUAAAUACGUCCUAACGGGAUACCGGCCAAUCUCCUCGGUGCAAGACUGCAUCAGAAGCCUCUUCUACCUGCACAAUGAACUCGGAAACAUAUACACUCACGGCAUCCCUCUGGUUUGCUUCCUGGUGCUGCUGCCUCUUAACAUUCCCUGGUCCCAGAUCAGCGUUACGUGGCUGGGUGUGGUGCACUUCCUGGCCUGCCUAUCGCCUCAGCUGGGCUCUGUGCUCUAUCACCUCUUCAUGAACCACGAAGGAGGGGAGCCCGUGUACCACACCCUCCUCAAGCUGGACGUGUGUGGAAUCUGCAUGAUCAACACGUUGGGGGCGCUGCCCAUCGUCUACAGCACACUGCUGUGCUACCCGUUCAUCCGCACUGUGGCCCUGUUAGUCUACAUCCUGCUGUCCAGCCAUGCCAUCUACUGUGCCGUAACGGCUCGGAGCAGCGUUCGCCGGCUGCGCUCUUUUGCCUGGCAGGCGCUUUUUCGCUUCUCCUUCUUCCUGCUCCGCUGGGUGGGCGUUGGCGGUGGAAGCCCCACCUCACUCCGCCACUUCCUCACGAUGGACGCGCUGGCCGUGCUGGGCGGGGUCAUCAACAUCACGCGCAUCCCGGAGCGUUUUCGCCCAGGCCUCUUUGACUACUGGUGCAACAGCCACCAGAUCAUGCACGUACUGGUGGUGGGCUCCAUCCUCUACCUGCACUGGGGUGUGCUGGACGACCUGCUGUGGAUCAACAGCUACAACUGUCCCUCAGACUGACUCCCCCGAAGCCCCUACCCCCUAUCAAGGAGUAC